AUAAUUCGCUGAAGGACCCGAGUACGGUGCACUCGUCCGGCCCGGCUUGAUUUUGUGUCACCUCGCUCCUCCUUUUACCUUUGUUGUUGUCUUUCUGGUUUAAAGAAGGAAGAUGAAGUUCACCUUAAUAGUUCUUGCGGCGAUCUUCGCUGGCUCUUACGCCCAGAGUCUAGCGGAAUUACAACAGCUGUUCGAGCAAGCCGUUGGAGGGCAGUCGGGCAGCGGUGGGUCGUCUUCCGGGAACAGACCCAAUAGACCAAACAGACCUUCAGGGGGUAGCUUUGGAGGCGGAUUCGGACAACAAGGUGGCUUCGGACAACAAGGUGGCUUUGGCCAAGGUGGCUUCGGACAACAAGGUGGAUUCGGACAAGGUGGUUUUGGCCAGGGUGGAUUUGGACAACAAGGAGGAUUCGGACAAGGUGGUUUUGGCCAGGGUGGAUUUGGACAACAAGGAGGAUUCGGACAACAGGGAGGCUUUGGACAAGGUGGAUUCGGCCAGGGAGGAUUUGGACAAGGUGGCUUUGGCCAGGGAGGCUUUGGACAAGGUGGUUUUGGCCAAGGAGGAUUUGGACAACAAGGUGGCUUUGGACAGGGUGGGCUUGGCCAAGGACAAGGAAACUGCAAAUACUUCUGCAGGCGGCCAGAGGGAUAUGUGUGUUGCUAACACGACAUACGAACAAAAAUACAAAAGCAACUCAGAGUAUGUUGUUUGAUUUCAAUAAAUUUCUCAGAUAGAA